AUGAAAUCGGUAUGCCUGUGGAUAGUAUCCGCGAUCCUGCAAGCAUCGCUUGUUGCUUCGGCACCUCUUGGACCUACUGGCCCAUGUGCAGAUGCAAAAGUUGAUGCCAUCCUCCGAGGCGACAUGGAUCCAUCCGAGUGUUGCUCGUACGGCAGCUGUAAAGGCGACGUCGUCGUCUCGGUGGGUCAAUAAAGCCUAGCCCACGACAUCUGUGUAAUGUUGGGUCUCGCUUGAGAAUAUCUUGGUGGCACCGCCAACAGAGCACAAACUCGAGACCUAGAGCGUGAUGGCAACGGACUACUUUUACACUAUACCGUUCCGAGGG